AUGCUGAGAGAACAACCAUGGCGCCGAUUCGUCGUUGGGUUUUCGAUUUGUGCUGAUCAGCUUCGUGCACAUUACUUUGACCGCUCCGGUCUCAUCAUUUCCCAUCCUUUUCACAUCCAUCAAAACAUGGGCCCUGUGCGACUCACAGAGAUGUUGGGCACCCUCACUCUAUCGGAUAUUCACCAUUUGGGUUUCGAUCCGACGAUUCACAUGUGUAACGCUGCAUGCACAGGAACUCAUCCUAAUUUAGCACACGAGGCGAAGGGCUGGGUGAAGGACAACCACGACAAAACAUAUUCCAUUAUGGAUGUUCUGUGGAAGAGCCAUGGGCUUUUCUGUCGUGGAACGGUUUGUUAUCGUGUCGUUGAUGAGGCAGGGAAUCAGUACGCUUUAAAAGAUUGUUGGGUGACAGAGGAGAAGAGAAUGCACGAAACGACCAUCCUGGAGAUGGUCAAGGGCAUCCCUAAUGUUGUCGAACUCAUAGACCAUUGGGACGUGUAUUACGAAGGGGAGCCUGACUGCACAGCGCGCAUUCGCAGCCAAUACGACAUGGGCCAUCAGGAUGACUUGAUGUUCCGCAACAGAUUCCACCGCCGCAUUCUCUUGUCCCCCUGUGGAGAGCCAUUAUCUAAAUUCAGCUCUAGACGAGAACUGCUCACCGCCUUCCAUGCCUUUGUAGUUGGUGAGUCUUAUUGA